CCAGCAUCCAAGUCGGAACAAUUCUGUCAGCAACAGAAUCUAAUUCCGUCGUUAUCUUCAAGCGACAACCAUGCUGCAGCGCGCCGGCAGCAAGGUGCUCGCGCCGCUCACCGGCCGCCUCCGCAUCAACGUCGGCAAGCGCCGGCCCGUCGGUACCGAUGCCAAGUCUCGCCAGAUCUUCAAGGCAACGCUCGGACUCGCCAUGCGGUCCGGCCUCGGAGUGCUACUCGCCUCGGCCUUUAUGACGCAGUCGUCGGACCCACAAAAGCUCUGGGCGGCCUUCCCCGAAUGGUACAUCCUCGGCGGCGUCAGCUUUGUCGCUGUCUCGUGCGUCAUCGCCACCGGCCGCAACGUGGGCGCGACGCUCUGCCAAGUCUUCCAGCAAAAGCUCGGGAUCGCAUUGGCCUUUGCGUUCAACGCACUUCUCUUCUACAACUUUCAGCCGCGCCUCUUCCACUCCCAAAGCGAAGUCGACGCGGCACUGGCUGACGGCACCCUCCUGCGCGUCACACAGUCCUUCAGCGGCGAGCCGUACAUGGUCAACAACCGCGACUUUUGCACGGUCUUGCCCUUUAUGAUGGGCUUCAACGCGCUCAUUUUGACCUUGCCCUUUGCGUCGGGCACGCGCAAGUUUGCGAUGGUCAACAACCUCUUCUUCGCGCUCACCGUCGUGAGCCCCAACGACUACAAGGACCCGACACGGCUCAAGGCCGCCAACAACACCAUGUACCAGAGCGAGACGAUCGUCUGGAACCUGUGCAUCUACAUGUGCCUCGGCCUCAUUGGCGUCACGCUCUCGUUCGUCGUCGCCUGGAUCCCCUACCCGCUCUUCGCGAUCCGGAAUCUCCAAGCAGAGACUUUAGCUGCCAGCGAAACCAUCGCCGAGCUCCUUCGGCUCAUGGUGGACGCCUACUGCUUCAAGAAGAAGCACGUCGACCAGAUGCACUUUCUGCGCGUCAAGCUCCAGCGCAAAUUUGAACUCGCAACCGCCAAGAAGGACGCGAUGAGUUCGCUGCUCCAGGACGCGUGGUGGGAGCAGUGCAUCGGCCUUGCCUCGGUUCUCCACUUUAAGAAGACAGUCGUCAAGCCGUACAUUACGCUCUACGCGUCGCUUCUCAACUCGCUCAAAGCGAUGAGCCAAGCGAUGCGCCUCGAGCGCUACGACCGACUUCACCGCAGCUUCAUUCUGGAGCUCCAACCCGACAUUUGCGCCGUCCAAGUACACGCGAUGGCGCUUCUGCAAGAGAUCUCGCACCACGUCCACGCCGGCCACACACAAUUCCACUUGGAGCAUGCCGAAGCUCUGGAGCGCCACGUCGAUCACUUGCUCGCGCGCUUCCAUGCGACACAAACAGCGCUGUACACCAAAAUGCACGCAACGCCGGGGGACGUCGAGGGCACGAUGCCGCUGCACCUCUUUGUCUUUGCGCUCGAGUCGCUCGCUGGCGCGAUGCUUGAGUUUCCAGAAAUGCUGCGACUCAAAAACCACAAUACGACGACGCGCAUCCACCAUUUUGUGCUGCGGUCUUUGCAGUCGUUUGUCGAUCCGGCGCAGUACACGCUGGGGAAGCUCCAGAUUGCAUGCAAGGUCUGGGUCGCACUGCUCCUCGCGAGCUUUGCCUCGGUCUACGUCUUUGGCUUUGCGUCCACGACCGCAACCACCAUUGCGUACAUCAUGGGCAACCAAAUCGGGGGCUCGUUUGGGAUUUCGCUCCUCCGCGCGGUCGGUGUUGUCGCCGGCGUCAUCGUGCCGUCCAUUGCGCUCUUCUUCAUCUGCGCCUACGGCGGCGAGCACCGCGCGCUGGUCGUCGCACUGCGCGAUAUUUUUCUGUUUCUCUGGACCACCAUGUCCAUGUACGUCAAGUGGAAAGGGGGGCUGGAUGCGUACGCAGGUCUCGUCUCGGCCUUUAUCGCCGCUGGCAUUUUGCUGCCGGAUGACAUGUGCCCAGCCCCCGGGUCCUUGACGUCCUACGCCAACAUUGCCCAGAUGACGCUCGGUGUCCUCCUCAUUGUGAGCGUCGAGCUCCUACUCUGGCCCAGCUCGGCGUUCAUUCUCGUGCGCAAGAACGUGCAGAAGCAUCUUGCGCUCGUCCAAGGCGCGUUCACGAUCCUCUUCGAGCACAGCCUCAAGAGCGAAGGCGCGAUGGACCCGGCGACGCUCGACGAGAUGCGCGUGAUUGUCCAGACGACGGUCCCGAGUCUUCUCGCCGAGCAAGAGGUCUUGCGCAAGGAGGCGAUGUUUGAGCCGCGCUUGUGGCGUCUCGCCUUCUCCCAGCGCCGCUACGACAAGGUCAUCGAGACGUGCGAGCAGCUCCUCGUGCACACCAUGAUCCUCUACAAGGUCGUGCUUUGGUUCCAGCACCAGCGACCGCAGGACGUUGCCAAGAGGAUGAGCACGUCGUCGUCGUCGGUCACGGAGGACUCUGUGGUUUUGACGAGCCCGCGCGAGGCGUGGACGUUCUCGACAUCAGACGUCGGCGCGGCGAUCCACGACACGUUCGACACGCUGCACGUGCUCUUUGGCAGCCAGUUUUGGUACGCCGAUGUCGACCAGGCGGCGCUCUUUAGCCAGAUGAAGGAGGCGUUCCGAGGGGCCGACUCGGAUCGCAACGGUGUCCUCGACAGCAGCGACGUCAAGGGCCUUCUCCUGCGCAUCUUUGAGCAGUCGGGUGCUGUGCCGCUCGACGCGCUCGACCAGUAUGUGGCCGACUUUAUGGACAUUGUCGACCCGACCAAGAGCGGGUCGGUGUCGUUUCCGGCGUUCAUGCAAGCGCUCGAGAACGGUCUCUUGCUCGAAGUCGAACUGCAGUCCAAAGCGCCACCGCUCAAGCGGCUCGACAGCAUCCAAGUCGUAGUGGACGCAAGCCCGCUUCUGACGCCGAGCUCGUGCGAAGUGCUGCCGCCGAUGGACAUUGAGAUCCUUGGCGGCGUCUCGCACGCGUACGAUAUUUUGGACGUCGAAACAUGCUCGCUCCUCGACGCAACGACGGCGAUGCGGCACUCGUUUGCAUCGUGGGUGCUCGAGGCAAGACGGUUCCAGGGCCUCCCGAUGGAGGAGCUCCUCCUUCUCAACAGUUUGAUCAGCGGCGUGAGCGGCAUCGCAACCAACCUCGCGCUCCUGGAGGAAACUACCGUGCAGCCGUAGACUGACAACGCAUAAUUGAUGUACACUAGUGUCAUAUUGUCGUAUUCUGGU